UGAAAGGCGAACAUAAUCUAACACAAAAUCAAGAAAAAAUGGAGAGAGAGAAUCCCAUUCUCACCUAUACCUUUUAUAACUUGCACGUUUUGUGGAUCCCACACGUACUCACUCUCCCACCCUAUUAUAUAAUCUCCACCUCCUGAGACUCUCAUUUUUACAUCUCAAAACCACCAUUUUACAGAAUAAGAAGAAAAAAAGAGAUGGGUAAUUAUCGGUUUAAGCUAUCGGAAUUAGUCCCUAACGCAUGGUUUUACAAACUGAGAGACAUGGGGAAAUCAAGGAAAAAGCAACAUAACAGCACGGUGUCUCUUUCUCCCAUCAAGAAACACCAGCCAGUUCCUACUCCUACUCCUACCACAGCACGCAGUCCUAGACUUCCUCUUCGUCGCUCGUCUUCUUACUAUGCAAGGCCCAGAAAGUCUGUCCGCAACCGCGCCACGACCGUCUCCUCUGCUCCUCCGAAGCAAGUCACCGAGUUUCGCUCUGAUCAACUACUCAUCCCUGAGGAGAGCUCCUCGCACAGCCCUUGCAGCAGCUGCGUUAGCUCCAAAGCCGCAACCCUUACGCCCCCUCCGGAACUCGAUCUCCAUCCGAUCAUCACCAAACCCACCACCACCGUGCGCAAAACGGCUGUGAGUACUUCUCCCGCGGGUGUGAGACUUAGACUGCGCUCGCCAAGGAUCUCCACGAGGAAAACUGCGAGCAGCGGCGGCGCACAGAUAACCGGCACAUCGGCGACUGCGAGUUCGCGGCGGAGCAGGGCGGUGGUGAAGGCGUCGGUAGACCCGAGGAGAGAUUUUAAGGAGUCGAUGGAAGAGAUGAUCGCGGAGAACAAGAUAAGAGAGUCCAAGGAUCUAGAGGAGCUUCUAGCUUGCUAUCUCUGUCUCAAUUCUGACGAGUAUCACCAUAUUAUCAUCAAUGUCUUCAAGCAAAUCUGGCUUGAUCUUAAUCUUUCACCCCAUCUAUCUUUAUAAACAAUGACCAAAUAUUAUUUAUCUUCUUUACCCA